UGCGAGUGUAAAAUACGACGGACGUAAACAAAACAUUCUAAGUGUUAACAAUUGCGAGGGUAUUUUAUUGGAAGACUAACUGCAUGUUUUAUCAACUCAAUUUACUAGAUUAUGUCUUGGCCGUGUGUAGUCUUGUAUCGAUGUUCCCCCGGGCAGGAUGUCUAUCUCGAGCAGCGUGGAGCGGUUGUCGAAGGAUGGGGAAUUUCACUUCAUCCUUUACAGGAUCAUCCAGUACCGCCUGUGAGCAAUAUGUGAAUGAAGUGGUGUCACAGAACUGUGUUGUGAUAUUUUCAAAGACCACAUGUCCGUACUGCAAAAUGGCGAAAAAUGUGUUCAAUGAAAUCGGGGCCACCUACAAAGUAGUUGAACUUGACGAGCAUAAUGAAGGAAGGAGACUACAAGAGGCACUAGCUCAGAUGACCGGUGCCAGGACGGUGCCAAGAGUCUUCAUUAAUGGAAACUGCAUUGGAGGCGGCUCCGAUACCAAACAGCUCCAUCAGCAGGGAAAGUUAGUGCCCCUCAUUAAGCAGUGUACCCCCUGCUGUGCUGCCACCAGCUCCGAAGGAUCAGGCAGCGGACAGUUUGCCAAAUGACUAGCCGUUAUUUUGAUUACCCUCAAUCAUGUAUUUAUUGAAUGUUUACUAGAUUUUUUGCUUCAAAUUCUAUAUGGCUUGAACACAGUUGUUCUUAUUUAUCAACGUGCACGGAAUACUUGAUGCGGGAUGAAUUGUGUAUUGCCUGAACACAGUUGUUUUUAUUAAUUGGCUACUCCAUACCAUACUUGCCAACCUUGAGACCUCCGAUUUCGGGGUGGGGGGCGAGGUCGGGGG